CGCGCUCUGUGUGGCCGCUGCCGCCAUGUUGUUGUGGUUGUGAGAAGGCGGCGGCGGCGGCGGCAGCGGAGGAGCAGCCGGACGAGACGCUCCAACGGCUCAGGCGCUGCCCCCCGCCGGCCCUGGCUGGGAGCCUAGUGGGGUGGCGGAGGAGGCCGUGCCGUGGCGGGCCUCGCCAUGCCCUGCCGCCCGAUUGACUUGUGAAACCUUCUAAUAGAGAAACUUCUUGGGACAAACUUCAUUUGGUGUAAAGGAAAGAAAAGCCUUGCCAGACACUGAAGAAGGGAAGGGGAUUUCUCCUCCUAAUCUGGGUCUCCUGUCAUGGAUGAAGAGACUCGGCACAGCCUUGAGUGCAUCCAGGCCAAUCAGAUCUUUCCCAGGAAGCAGCUGAUCCGGGAGGAUGAGAAUCUUCAGGUUCCUUUUCUUGAACUUCAUGGAGAAAGCACAGAGUAUGUGGGCCGUGCUGAGGAUGCCAUCAUUGCCCUUUCUAAUUAUAGACUUCACAUCAAGUUCAAGGAGUCUCUUGUUAAUGUUCCAUUACAGCUUAUAGAAAGUGUUGAAUGCCGAGAUAUAUUUCAGCUUCAUUUGACUUGCAAAGACUGCAAAGUUAUCAGGUGUCAGUUCUCAACCUUUGAGCAGUGUCAAGAGUGGCUCAAGAGACUGAACAAUGCAAUCCGACCACCUGUGAAAAUAGAAGAUCUCUUCUCAUUUGCAUACCACGCUUGGUGCAUGGAGGUCUACGCCAGUGAAAAAGAACAACAUGGAGACCUGUGCAGACCAGGGGAGCAUGUAACGUCAAGGUUUAAAAACGAAGUGGAGCGGAUGGGUUUUGAUAUGAACAAUGCUUGGAGGAUUUCCAACAUCAAUGAGAAGUACAAGCUAUGUGGUAGCUAUCCACAGGAGCUCAUAGUGCCUGCCUGGAUCACCGACAAAGAACUAGAGAGUGUGGCAAGCUUCAGGUCCUGGAAGCGCAUCCCUGCUGUCGUCUACAGGCACCAGAGUAAUGGAGCCGUCAUUGCCCGCUGUGGACAGCCGGAGGUCAGCUGGUGGGGCUGGCGAAAUGCUGAUGAUGAGCACCUGGUGCAGUCAGUAGCCAAAGCUUGUGCCUCUGACUCCCGAUCAAGUGGCAGCAAGCUGUCGACUAGGAACAGUUCUCGAGACUUUCCCAAUGCGGGAGACCUUUCUGAUGUGGAGUUUGAUUCUUCUCUGUCAAAUGCUUCAGGAGCAGACAGUUUAGCCAUCCAACCGCAGAAGCUUUUGAUCUUGGAUGCACGUUCCUAUGCAGCAGCUGUGGCAAACCGAGCCAAAGGAGGAGGCUGUGAAUGCCCAGAGUAUUACCCAAACUGUGAAGUCGUGUUUAUGGGGAUGGCAAAUAUUCAUUCAAUUCGGAGGAGUUUUCAGUCUCUGCGGUUGCUGUGCACACAGAUGCCAGAUCCGGGAAAUUGGCUGUCAGCUCUUGAAAGCACAAAAUGGCUCCAUCACCUGUCUGUGCUUCUGAAGUCGGCACUUCUGGUAGUGCACGCCGUGGAUCGUGACCAGCGGCCGGUAUUAGCACACUGCUCAGAUGGCUGGGAUCGCACUCCCCAGAUUGUGGCAUUGGCUAAGCUCUUGCUGGAUCCGUAUUACCGAACCAUAGAGGGUUUCCAGGUCCUCGUGGAGAUGGAGUGGCUGGAUUUUGGCCACAAGUUUGCCGACCGGUGUGGUCAUGGGGAGAACUCCGAUGAUCUGAACGAGCGCUGCCCAGUGUUUCUGCAGUGGCUUGACUGUGUUCAUCAGCUUCAGAGGCAAUUUCCUUGCUCUUUUGAGUUCAAUGAAGCAUUCCUUGUGAAACUGGUGCAACAUACCUAUUCCUGCCUGUUUGGAACAUUCCUGUGCAACAACGCUAAGGAGAGAGGGGACAAGCACACUCAGGAACGGACGUGUUCUGUGUGGUCGCUGCUUCGGGCAGGCAACAAGGCGUUCAAAAACCUCCUGUACUCAUCUCAGUCAGAAGCCGUGCUAUACCCUGUGUGUCACGUGCGUAACCUGAUGCUGUGGAGUGCAGUGUACCUGCCCUGCCCAUCCCCAUCCACCCCCGUGGAUGAUGGCUGUGCACCGUAUCCAGCCCCUGGCACCAGCCCUGAUGAGCCGCCCCUGAGCCGGCUACCAAAGACUAGAUCAUUUGACAAUCUGACUACAGCUUGCGACAACACAGUGCCUCUAGCCAGUCGGCGCAGCAGUGACCCAAGUCUGAAUGAGAAGUGGCAGGAGCACAGGCGCUCACUGGAACUGAGCAGCCUGGCUGGUCCUGGGGAGGAGCCUCUCGAUCCUGACAGCCUGGGGAAGCCAACCAAAGUGCUGGGCGGCGCUGAGCUGUCUGUUGCAGCUGGAGUGGCCGAGGGGCAGAUGGAGAACAUUUUGCAAGAGGCCACCAAAGAGGAGAGUGGGAUAGAGGAGCCUGCCCAUAGGGGGAGCAUUGAGAUGCAGGAGGUCAAAGAGGAGGCUCUUUUAGAAAAGGAGAUCAGGGUGAAGACCCCUGAGGGCUCGGCCAUGAUCUUUCCUCAAGAACUAGAACUGGGUGAUGCUGCUCUGGCGAACCAUCCAGGCACUAGCCUCUCCGUGUUCUCACGGGGUAUUCCUGAGCAGCAGGGUGGGCACAGUGUUCUCCCCCAUUUUCUCCAGGAGUCCCCCAGGGGAGAGGAUGCCCAGGAGGUCCCUGUGGAACAGCCCCAAAUAGGAGCUAUUACAGAAGAUAGGGAGGAAGCGUUUCUUCCAAUCCCAGUAGAUGCAAAAGUUGGCUAUGGUACCUCACAGUCAAGUUCUCUGCUGCCCUCCCAAGUCCCAUUUGAGGCCAGAGGACCAGAGACAGACAGUUCAAUGGACAUGUUAAUAGAAGAUCAAGUCAAGUCAGAAAGUGGGCCCGAAGGCCAUCAUAGACCUUGCCUGGUGAGCAGUGGCUGGUUCAGUGGCAAGGACAUGCUUCCUCAAACCAUGGAGCCGCGGCCUUCAGAGAAGAGCCUAGCUGAGAGGCCCCAGGUGGGAUCUGUGGUCCAUAGGACUUCCCCUGGCAGCACCCACAGCCCAGCGCAUUCUCCUUGUGCCUUGCCUUUAGCCGAAUGUAAAGAGGGGCUGGUGUGCAAUGGUGCCCCAGAGACCGAAAAUAAGGCUUUAGAGCAGCCCCCAGGGCUUAGCACCCUCCAGAAGCACCCCACCCCCAACGGGCACUGCACCAAUGGGGAGGUUGGUAGGAGCAAGGACUCACUGAGCCGCCAGCUGUCCACUACGAGCUGCGGCUCUGCCCACUUACACUCGAGGAACUUGCACCACAAGUGGCUGCACAGCCACUCGGGGAGGCCAUCUACAGCGGGCAGCCCCGAGCAGCCUUCCCGCAGCCACCUGGACGACGAUGGCAUGCCUGUGUACACGGACACUAUCCAGCAGCGCCUGCGUCAGAUCGAGUCAGGCCACCAGCAGGAAGUGGAGACCCUGAAGAAACAGGUUCAGGAGCUGAAGAGUCGCCUGGAGAGCCAGUACCUGACCAGCUCCCUCCGUUUCAAUGGGGACUUCGGGGAUGAAGUGACUUCAAUCCCCGACUCGGAAAGCAAUCUGGAUCAGAACUGUUUGUCUCGCUGCAGCACAGAGAUUUUCUCUGAAGCCAGCUGGGAGCAGGUGGAUAAACAGGACACAGAGAUGACUCGCUGGCUCCCGGACCACCUGGCCGCCCACUGCUAUGCGUGCGACAGCGCCUUCUGGCUCGCCAGCAGGAAGCACCACUGCAGGGACACUGACCGUGUUGAUCAAACGUGGAAUUGUGGGAAUGUGUUCUGCUCCAGUUGUUGUAAUCAGAAGGUUCCAGUUCCCAGCCAGCAGCUCUUUGAACCCAGUCGAGUGUGCAAGUCUUGCUAUAGCAGCCUACAUCCCACAAGCUCCAGCAUUGACCUUGAACUGGAUAAGCCCAUUGCUGCCACUUCAAACUGAAGCUCAGUGACCUGGGGCGGGCAGAGGCCAAGCUGCUGUUCCUCUGACAGGCCCACACAGCCUGGGCAGACCGAGAGGCCCGUGCACUUUCGAAUGGGGGCAUGGAACCACCUGUGCAGAGUGACAGAAAUUUGGGAUGUACCACUGGAUUGUAGAUUGAUUUUUCUUUCCUGUUUUUUUUUUUUCUCUCUCCCUUUUCCAUCUUCCCUCUGCCUCCAAAAAAGAAAGAAGUCCCCUGGUUGUCUUAAUUUUUUUUUUUUUUUUUUAACGGAAGACCAGAGGUUGCCAGGCCCCCUGUAAACUGUUGAGCCACCUGCUGUCCUAUAGUGCUGAAGGUUGGCUUGGUUCCUCAGGAUGGGAGGAGGCUGUCAGAGUCAGGAGUGGAGGCCCGAGAUCUAGUGCGUGGGGAAGCAAGCCAGGGUUGAUGUUUGUGACUAUUUCUCGUGCCAUUGCCACAUCAGAGCUGAUGGGGAAAACCUUUGCUGCUGAGGAGGCUGAAGCAUCUUCCCUCGGAGCACUGCCCUGAGUGCCGUCUCCCUCCUGAGAGGAGCCAGGCCAUUCCGACCUCACAGAUAAAUGGGAUUGGCAUUUGGAGGGAGGGACACAUAAUAAAUGGAAUCCUUCCAGGCCCCGCUUUGGGGAAGGAAGGUGUUUGUUCCUCUGAGGCUAGUGAGAGGGCCUAGGAAUGGGGGUGGCCCGCAUGUUCUCUCUUGCAUGGGAUUCUGUUUUUAACUUGACCCUGGAUGGUCUAGGGCUCCCUUCACUUUCAUGAGUAGGCCUCCCUGGGCCAGGCUGUGUAGUGCUUCCCACCCUCAGGCAUAAAAGUGCAGACUGGCCGGAAUGCAGUGUCCUGCUGCUGUGGCCAAGGCCAAAGCCUGCCCUGAGCCCGGGCACACCUGGAAGCCCCUUCUGGGGCCUGGUCCCCCAAACAAUCUCUCUUCCUUGACCAGCACAGGGAAAUCCAGACUCAGGGUUCCAAAAGUUCCCCAUUCCCAAACCAAACAAAUCAUGGAUCUCCCCCUUAAGGGGUAGAAUCAGCCUUUUAGAGUGCAAGCCUCUGGAAAAGGGAGCAUGUCCCAUACAAUCAGCCUUCCUCCUCCUUCCCUUCUUGGGGCAGUGGGAAGGGCCCAGCGGGCCCCCUGCCCUGCUCCUGUGCUGCCGCCAGCAGUGAGGGGCCACUUGGUGACUCUGCAGGGUUCUUUAGAAAAUCGGGACACAGCCUGUAGGAGAUUUGGGGCACCUUUCCUCAGUAAGCUUUGAUGUGGUCCAAAAAGAGCCUUAAAUCAAGAAUAUUUGUGGUCGAGUGAGUGUGGGGAAAGGUGGAGAGGAGUUUAGGUUUGUGCUUUGUAGUCUUGGCAUCCAUGUUUUGUGCCUGCCCUCCCUCUCGGGGAAGGGCCAUGCUUGGCUCUGCUAAAAGCUGCUAACUGGUAAUGGCGGACUGUGGUGAGCAGAUGGGGGUGAGGCCAGGGAACUCUCUGACCCUUUGGAAGCAAUUCCCUGGCCAAGGGAAGUUGUAUCUCAGGAAGGUGGCUCCUGUGUGUGCCUGGGUGUGGUUACGAUGUGGCCCAGAGUCUCCCCUGGAGCUGUUAGUCCAGGCAAAGCCAAGAGCAUCUGAGUGAGUCUCUGGCUUCCCAGUGGCAGCAGGUAGCUCAGAGUCUGAAUUUAGUGGAACAGGGUGUAGUUCUUCUCCGCACUCUGUGUGGUCUGGCCGUGGAGGUAGGGAGAAGUCAGUCUAAUUAAAGAUUGUGCAGUUCCUAGUGACAGGUGCCAAGAGGUUAUGAUACGGGUUUCUUGGGUCUGAUGUACAGUGUGAAUAAAUGCUUGCAGCUCUUAGCCCUUUUCGAUCAAUGAAGCACUUUUUUAUUAAUAUUUUUCUUUGUAUGUAAAGGAGGAACCGUAACUCUCCGUAGCUGUACAUAUAACCCUUUUCUCCUAAAGAGGAGUCAAUCAGUGCUCCUAUAUUUUUCAUUUUUUGUCAAAGCAAGAAGUAAAUACUUUAGAACUGUUAAAUAUAUAAAUAAAGUGAAUAAAGUUUAGUGUUCCGCAUGGUAGCAUUUGCUAACACGUUCUAAUUCUUUGCCCUGUGGUUUAUUCCCUCUUCAUCCAUUUUCCCUCUUACAGAGCAACAGUUUGAGGUGCUGCCAGGAAACUGAACUUUGGCAAAGGAAAACUACAGGUUUCGGUUCUACUCUGGACCUUGGCAAGGAGGCACACCACAGUGCCCAAGCACUGAAACACAUGUCCUUGAUGGUUUUGCCCCUGACAUCUCUAAAGCUACAAAGGCAAAGCAAUCAGGCAUCCUAACAGUCCGGGGAUUUUCCUCAUGUAAAAAACAGCAUCAGUAAUAAAUAUAGUAAAUAAAAGUACCUCUGGCCUCUAGCCCCCAUUCCCCCGCCCCAGCUCUGGUCCCACAGCAGCAUCAGCUGCAUCUGCAGUGGUGGUUAAGCACAGAGCCCUGCAGGGGGAGCUGGAAAGAUGUUGGCACAGGGAGAGGUGGCCGGAAAGUGCUUCUGCCUGUUCUUGGAUGAGAGCGAGUGGGUGGGCAGAGACCCUGGGGGUAGCAGCUGAAAUGGGUGUGACCGGGUUAUGUGCCUAACUGGAGGUCUUCCUCCACACAGAGCGCCAAACCUCUGCUCUGUAGAUCUGCAAACCAGCCAAGCAAGACCAUAGUUCCUAGUCACUUCUUGACUAGUUUCUUGCUCUUCGCGGAGGUGGAUUUUCUUUCCCCGCAUCACUAUUGGGCAUCCUUCCCAUCCCAUCCCACAGGUCUG